UUCUUUAUCGUAGGUAGAUUUUUGCUUCGUAAUUAACACAAAUUUCAAAUUGAAACUGGAGCCGGCUCAAAAAUGCAAGCAAAACCCAAGCUGCGGCAAGCCAUAGACUUGCUCUGCUCUCGGGGCAGCGCUUCCUCUGAGGCAUACACCCACUUGAUCCUCGAAUGCGUGCGUACCAAUGAAGUCGACCAAGCCAAGAGACUGCAAUCUCACAUGGAACACCACCUUUUCCAACCCCCUGAUCCUUUUCUCCAGAAUCAGCUACUUCAUUUGUAUGCUAAAUUUGGGAAAGUUCGAGAUGCCCAAAACCUGUUUGAUAAAAUGCUCGAGAGGGAUGUUUUCUCCUGGAAUGCGCUGCUCUCUGCGUAUGCUAAAUCGGGGUCUAUCCAGAAUUUGCAGGCGACAUUUGAUCGAAUGCCUUUCCGGGAUUCGGUUUCAUACAAUACGACGAUUGCUGGGUUUGCUGGAAAUGGUUGUCCAAAAGAGUCGCUCGAGCUUUUUAGGAGAAUGCAGAGUGAAGGUUUUGUGCCUACGGAGUAUACGAAUGUGAGUGCAUUGAAUGCGGCUGCGCAGUUGUUGGAUUUGAGGCGUGGGAAAGAAAUUCAUGGGAGUGUUAUUGUGCAUAAAUUUUUAGGGAAUACGUUCAUCUGGAAUGCUUUAACAGACAUGUAUGCUAAAUGUGGUGAGAUUGAACAGGCAAGGUGGCUGUUUGAUCAUCUUGCUAACAAGAAUUUGAUUUCUUGGAACUUGAUGAUAUCUGGGUAUGUGAAGAAUGGACAGCCUGAGAAGUGCAUUGGCCUGUUACAUGAAAUGCAGAUGUCUGGUCACAUGCCUGAUCAAGUUACGAUGUCAACUAUAAUUGCAGCUUACUGUCAAUGUCGAUGUGUAGAUGAAGCAAGAAAGGUGUUUAGUGAAUUUAAGGAGAAGGAUAUUGUUUGCUGGACAGCCAUGUUGGUGGGUUAUGCAAAGAAUGGUAGAGAAGAGGAUGCACUGUUGUUGUUUAAUGAAAUGCUGUUAGAACAUGUUAAACCUGACAGCUACACUUUAUCAAGUGUUGUCAGUUCAUGUGCCAAAUUAGCAUCUCUGUAUCAUGGUCAGGCAGUCCAUGGGAAAUCAAUUCUUGCUGGGCUUGAUAAUAAUUUGCUUGUUUCUAGUGCACUAAUUGAUAUGUAUUCUAAAUGUGGUUUCGUAGACAAUGCAAGGUCAGUUUUCAACAUGAUGCCGACUAGGAAUGUGAUUUCAUGGAAUGCUAUGAUUGUUGGUUAUGCUCAAAAUGGACAUGAUAAGGAUGCCCUUGCAUUCUUUGAAAAUAUGUUGCAACAGAAAUUUAAACCGGAUAAUGUAACAUUUAUAGGUGUUUUAUCUGCUUGUCUCCAUUCUAAUUGGAUUGAGAAAGGGCAGGGGUAUUUUGAUUCCAUAAGCAAUCAACAUGGACUGAUACCUACUGUGGAUCAUUAUGCGUGUAUGGUCAAUCUCCUAGGACGUUUGGGCCGCAUUGAUCAAGCAGUUGAUCUAAUAAAAAGUAUGCCCCAUGAACCAGAUUGCCUGAUCUGGUCCACACUUCUAUCAGUUAGUGCAGUGAAGGGUGAUAUUGCAAAUGCAGAAAUGGCAGCUAGGUAUCUCUUUGAAUUGGAUCCUCUGAAUGCUGUACCUUAUGUUAUGCUCUCAAAUAUGUAUGCCUGUAUGGGUAGAUGGAAGGAUGUAGCAUCAGUUAGGACUCUCAUGAAGAGCAAGAAUGUCAAAAAAUUUGCUGGGUACAGUUGGAUUGAGAUUGAUAAUCAGGUGCACAAAUUUACAUCUGAGGACCGGACUCAUCCAGAAACAGAGAAAAUAUAUGAAGAAUUGAACAUGUUGAUUAGGAAAUUUCAAGAAGAUGGAUUUACCCCUAAUACAAAUCUAGUUUUGCAUGAUGUCGGGGAGGACGAAAAGUUCAAAUCUAUAUGUUUCCACAGUGAGAAACUUGCACUUGCUUUUGGUCUGGUAAAGAAACCUAAUGGAGUUACUCCAAUUAGGAUUAUAAAAAAUAUUCGCAUUUGUAGUGACUGCCAUGAAUUUAUGAAGUUUGCUUCUAGGAUUAUUAGAAGGCAAAUAAUCUUGAGAGAUUCAAAUAGAUUUCAUCAUUUUGCAACUGGGAAAUGCUCCUGUAAGGACAACUGGUAACGGAUAUGCUGGUGUAGAUUGGGGGAAGCCACUGAGUUUCAAGGUGAGAAAAUGGUGAUGCGAGGAUACAGAGAUCAAAACAAGGAAGAGUAGAAGGUUCAAGGAAAGGCUUCAGGUCCUGAAUUUUUCAAAAUGCGAAAGCUUAAUGACAUUUAACUUUCAAAAGUUAGUCGAAAUUCUAAAAUAGGAAAGAGAUUCACACCUUAUUAGAGCAUGUCAUAUUACAACAUUGAACCGAUGGAAGUUUCCUUGUACACAUCCUCCGAACUCAGUCUUUUGUGAGACAGAGUCAGUUUUGUGCACUGAGGAACAUCAAUCUACAACUCACCAACUCCAAGGCUUGUGAGACCUCGUAACACUCAAAUGUCAUUAUGUAAUUGACAAGUGAAGAGAAACAGAAGACAAGGUGAACCGACACUCUGCCAGGAAAAAAGCAUAGAAUCCAAGAGGAUGUUACAAUUAAUGAAGGGGACAUCAUGUCCAAAGAAACGGCUGCAAUGAUAGCCCUUAGUUCAAGGAUGCAUAGUAAUGACUCGUGGUAGAAUAAACAGCGAGAAUUCUCUAGUUUUCCAGUGAGAACGAAACAAUACAAUGUUUAAAGUGGCCUAUUUACUUCUCCUGAAAUUCCCUUUUACUGGCAGAAAAUUUGCUCGCGUAGCUUCUUUCUUUAACAUUGAUUGAUAACUUGUCGAUAUCUCGACGUUCAUGCAUGCUUCCUUAGACAGAUACUGAAUGGUGCCCAAAUUUCCAUGUAGUACAGGUUCUUCCAUAGCCAUUAAAUGGGCCAUUCUUAUCUUUCAUCUGCUUGCUCACUUGUCUCAGAGUAGGAAAAGAACCACGUGCUGGAAACUUGGCUGCUAAUUGGCUGCAAUCAGAAAGCUCUACUGGAACAAUAUGGUAAGCAUUUUUGCUCAUUUAAAGUUAGUUUUGCAUAGAGACAGACAUGUUGCCUUAGACAAGACACCAGUCAGUCUUCUCUGCUUGACCCUCUUUUUUUGCUUGUUUUUACUCUGUUUAUUCAAUGUGUAUUGGAUUUUAUGUGU